AUGGGAAGCCAUAGCUUCAGAUCAGAUGAUUGAGACCGUGAGAUGUGCGUGAACAUUUCUCACUUCAAGAUCCAUCAUACUAUAGGAAAGGGUUGCUUUUGCAGAGUGUGACUUGCUAAACACAAAACAACAAAACAGAUAUAUGCGUUAAAAGAAAUCUUAAAGUCAAGGGUCAUAGCACAGAAACAUGUAGGAGCAGCAUUGAAUGAGCAGACCAUUUUAAGCACUAUAAGACACCCUUUCCUUGUUAACAUGCAUCACGCAUUUCAAAGUCGUGACUACCUUUUUCUUACCUUAGACUUAAAAACUGGAGGAGAUCUGCGGUACCAUCUCCUUAACCAUACUUUUGUUGAGGAAGAAGCCAGAUUCAUGAUUUCUUGCGUGAUACUUACAUUGGAGUACUUACAUUCAAAUAAAAUUAUACACAGAGACUUAAAGCCUGAGAACUGACUUUUGGAUGAAGACGGCUACGUUUGUUUAACUGACUUUGGCAUCGCACGAAAACUCGAAAAUGAGACUUGCAGAGAAAUGUCUGGUACUCCAGGAUACAUGGCGCCUGAGGUUCUGUGUCAGGAGAGUCAUACUUAUACUGCAGACUGGUUUGCUAUAGGUGUGAUUUUAUACGAAAUCAUCACUGGAUUAAGACCUUACGUAGGAAAAAACAUGAACCAAAUAAAAAAUCAAAUCCUUGAUAGACAAAUACAACUGAAACAUGAAAAUCUAUCUGGGGAUUGGUCUAAGGAAUGUGUUGACUUCGUAAAUAAACUGAUCCAAAGAGAACCUCAAAACAGACUUGGUUUUAAAGGAGUAAGCGAAGUAAAAAACCAUCCAUGGGUGAAGAAUGUUGAAUGGGAAAAGCUGCUCAGAAAAGAAGUUGCUCCGGUUUUUAAACCACCCAAAGCUAAUAAUUUCAAUCAUAAAUAUGUUUCCGAGGAAUGGAGAGAUGGAAUUGUCGCCAAGAGCGACUACAACCAAGAGGCAUUUAAAGGUUAUUUCUAUAAUGAAAUGUCUCAAGGUGAUAAAGUAGAGUCAAAUCAUCAUGAUUUGCACUCAAGAAGAAAAUAUAAUCUUUGUCAAUUAUGGAAGUAA